CACAACGGCGCCAUGCCUGGUAACGCCGCAGACCGAACGAGAGGUACUCCGACAGGAAGCCCGAGAACACCUUCACCCUCUUCCAGUCAAGAGCAUAUCUUGCCCUCCGUCGAAUUCACUUUCUCUUGCAGCCCAUCGUCCGCAGGAUGUACAACUCCAGCCUCAUCCGUCAACGACAACGCAAAUGCUUUCAGCCCCGGCGCCGAUCGACACACUCUCACUCCAUCAAUGCAGACUCGCUUCCAAGCAUUGCAUCUCAAAGAGAGUGUGCAACCCACGCCGACAGUCGAGGACCCUCAAGCUGACUACACCGACCGGGCAAGAAGGGUGUUUGGCUUGAGUCCCACGCCAAAAACUCCUGAAGCUUCUGGUGCAACCACGACCUACAGGGACCUUUACAAUGUCACGCCCAGUCCUGCCGGUCCCUCUCCCCGCCGGCCGAGUCAUCAGCAGCACCAGCAUCGGUCAGACACACCCAGCUCACCGUUAGGGAACGUCAUAUCCGAGAUUCAAAACAUCAAUUUGGGUGACUCGAGAGGUGAACCAAACAAUGCCCCUGAGCACGAGGGUGAUGACUCUCACACGGCAACCGAUGUUUCCACUCAUGACAGUGAGACUGAUGCGUCGGAAGAUGAUGAUGACCACUCAGACGACGAGAGAUUCUUCAAUAUUCGUCAGGAGGAACUUCCUCAGGCGCCGAUUUACAACCCCCGCCUCCAGAAUGCACUGCGUGAUAUCCGAGGCCAGCUUUCCAGUCUUGCAGAACACCUGGAGAAACGGCGCGCCUUGGUGCAAGACACUACGACUGCAUUGCAUGGACUUCAUCAGCAAACGCUGGCGGCGAGUCGAUUCGCUUAUCCCGCUACGCGAACAGUAGGGUUCAUUGGGGAUUCCGGAAUGGGAAAGAGCAGUCUCAUCAACUCCAUCCUCGAUCAAGAGGGGCUGGCCCGCUCGAGUGGAGACGGAGCUGCCUGCACGACUGUCGUCACCGAAUUCCGCAGUGUGGAUGAGGCGCACCCACAGAAUUAUACCGUCGAAGCGGACUUCAUGAAUGACGUAGAGAUUCGCGAAUUGCUGGAAGAGCUGUUGUCCAGUGUGCGGAAAUACUACACGGGCGCCUUUCGUGAGGUGCAGACGGCGGCUGAACAGGAGGACAUCAAGGCUGCGGCGCUGCGAGCAUGGGAGACAUUGCGGUCUCUUUUCCCCACACACGAGGAUUGCGACCUGGAGUUCCUUUCUCAAGAAGGAGAAAAUGCGGCGGAAACUAUCAUGAACACCUUGCAUGAAUGGGCCAUGGCUGGGCUGGACCACCGACCAGGCGGACGAGACAAUCUGCGAUACUCAAUCGUGGCCCGGCAUGCGGAUGAAUGCAUGGAGCGGCUGGAUGGUCUCAUGGCGGAUCCCAAAGAACGUGAUCGACCGGCACUGUGGCCGUUUGUUAAAUUGGUCAGGGUCUAUUUGCGGUCGCCGGUCUUGCGUACAGGCCUAGUCUUGGCUGAUCUGCCCGGAUUCCGCGAUCUAAACUAUGCCCGAGUUCGAGCAACCGAACGCUACCUGCGCCACAAUUGCGAGGAAGUGUUCAUUGUUAGUUCGAUUCUUCGAUGCACAACCGAUCAGUCCAUUGGCGACAUUAUUCGCCGUUGCGCACGGGACCAACCAAUUCGUUUAGUUUGCACCCGGUCAGAAGACGUGGAUGCCAGAGAGACGGCACGGACUGCGUCCGCUGAGGAUAGAACGAGGAUCCGUGAUAUGGACGAGAAGAUCCAGGCCCUUGAACGAGAAAUCCGAAGCACGCGCUCUCGUAGGCGGCAGGCCAGAGGCAAUAAAAUUCAGAGUCUUGCGGUAGAGGAGGCCGAUCUAAGUGAUCAAAAGGAGGCUCUUGAGUUCCGACUGAAGCGAUACCUUAUCAAAAGGCGAAAUACGCGAGUGACGGGUCUUUUGUUGACUGCCUGGGGAGACCGUGCCCGAGUCUUCUGCGUGAGCAACAAGCUUUACUCUGACCACCGCUUGAAAACUCCCGAGGAGGACAAUGGUUACCUGAAGCUCAGUGGGAUCAAGAAGCUUCGUCAAUACUGUCAAUUGGUUCCUGCAGAUGCGCAGUUUCGGGCCACUGCUUCCUUCCUGAAGAAUGAGGUUCCAGCACUUCUCGGUUCCCUGACGCAAUGGGCUCUGGCGGGGUCAAACGCUCUCACUGUGGCCCGAGCGGAGAUCCUGAGUGGGGCUUUGCAUAAGGCGGAGGAGACUCUCGAACAGAGCUUCCUGUCCGAUUACACAGAGAUAAGCUUGGCGCACGACGCCCUAAAGCUUGGCUUCGACUCUGAAAUCGCACAGAGAAUAAGCAGGUCUCGAAAUAUCUGGAGGGAUGGCGCUGUCCACGCGAGCGAAGACUGGGCAGGCUGGCACCACAUGUCAUACGCGGCUUGGUGUCGCAACUAUGGAACCCAUUAUACAAAAACCCAACAACAUCGUUGCUGGAACGAAGAAAUUCUCGGCUCUGCACGUGAGCAGCUAGCCCUAUCAUGGGACAACCUGUUUGAAGAUAUGAAUUUGCUCAGGGAAUCUCUUGGGGAGAAGAUUUCGGACCGCUUUGAACGUGUGCGCGAGUCGAUCCAAGUACACCAGGAUCUCGCACCAGACACACUGCGGAAUCUGCUGCUUAACAUCGAGAGACGCCGGAUAUGUAUAGACGAGGCCCUGUUCAAUGCUUUCAAGGACCUUAUGUAUACGACCGAAAAAAUCAAGGACGAUACAAUUGCCGGUCAUUCCAGCUCUUUUAUCGCGGGCGUCAUGCGCCCGAUUUAUAAUAUCUGUCGUGAGCAAUAUGGGACCGGAAGUGAUUCCCGACGCAAGGGUACGAUGUACCGGCAUCUUUCUUCUCCGACACUGUUCAUGGACCUCGGCUCUAUAAUCACUGAACAAUUCGAGGGAGUCCUUCAACAUACCUUCAAUGUUCUGGAUCGAAAGAUACGUGAUAAUAUUGGAAAUGUCACCCGGGAUUUACGGAGCUCAAUCACAGUUGAAGGCGAGAUCUCGGAGGCGGGGCAGGAUCCACAACAUACAGAGGAAUUGAGGGGAAAAUUGGAACAGCUUCGAGGGAUCCUGGCCAGUGCUCAGGUGACAGUCAGGGAUUUGAGGCAAGGAUAGUGUCUUGAUUCUGUCACAACGUUCUCCCGUCCAUUGAUUGCAUGCCCUGAUCAGUAUGUUUGUCAUGUUUGUCUCUUUGGCCUUCUUGUCCUUUUUGUACCCCGCAAGUGUUUAUUGCAGAAGGCGAAAGCAUCGGCACGAGCCGCACGAUCUGCGUGGGCACGGAUUGGAUUAGUGAUCGUGAAGUUUGAAUCAUACGACUUGGCUGCUGCGCAAAUUCACAAGUCAGCCGAUUAUUC